AUUUUAAAAUAUGUGAAUCGACUCAUCUAUAUAUAAAUAUAUAUAUAUAUAUCCAUCCGUCGUUGCUAUUUAUUUAUACUUAUUUAUUUUCCAUAUUACGUUAAACUAUUCUUAACUCCAAACCCAACUUGAUGACUAAUCCUCGACAAGAAGACGAAGAUAAGCUUCGGCUUCCCGAGAGGUAUGUAUGGUCAGAUAACACCGGCUAUGGCUAUGGGCCUAUACACCUCGAUGUUCCUUCGGCCUCGGAUAUUCCUGUCUUUGACUACACACAAUUAGUUUCGGCAAAGGAUGCAGAUCUCGCCCGCCUUCGCGAAGCUCUCACCUCAUGGGGUUACUUUCAGAUAGUAAACCAUGGCAUUGAAGUUUCCAUGAUCAAAAAGCUACGCCAUCUUAGCCAAGAAUUUUUCGAUCUACCGAAGGAAGAGAAGCAAAAAUAUUCGAUAUCAUCCGAAGGCUUCGAAGGCUAUGGAAGUGACCAUGUUCUCUUUGAGAACCAAACCCUAGAUUGGAAUGAUCGGUUGUAUCUCAUAGUACUUCCAAAAGACCAACGAAAGCUCGAAUAUUGGCCCAUAAACCCUAAAUCUUUUAGGGAUGCAUUGAGUGAGUAUAGCGAUCGAGUUUGGCAAAUCCAAGAACAACUUCUUAAAGCUAUGGCGAGGUCUUUGAGCUUACACGAAGAUCGCUUUGUUGAACAAUUUGGUGAACACCCCGAAAUGCACGCGAGGCUCAAUGUUUAUCGCCCUUGUUCUUGGCCCGAGCAAGUUCUUGGGUUCAAGCCACAUUCGGAUUCAUCGGGGCUAACCAUUCUCCUUCAAGACAAUGAUAUAGAAGGACUUCAAGUGUUCAAGGAUAAUCGAUGGUUCCAAGUUCCUACUUUGCCUCAUGCACUGCUAGUUAAUGUUGGAGAUCAAAUCGAGAUAAUGAGCAACGAAGUAUUCAAGAGCCCCGUGCAUAAAGUCGUUACAAACACAAAUAAAGAGAGGAGAACAUUGGUUAUGUUUUGUAUUCCGGAUCCAGCACAAGAGAUUGAACCGGCGGAGGAACUUAUCUGCGACGAACAGCCGAGGUUAUUCAAGAAUAUCAGGGACUACUACCCGACAUUCUUCCCUUACUAUCAGCAAGGAAAAAGAGCCAUCGAUGCCGUCAGGAUUUAGUUUUUUUUUUUUUUUUCGGAUUAUUGCGCGUAAAAGUUUCGAUGUUUAAUGAACAUAAUGUAAUGAUGCUGUAAAUAAAGGAUAUCAUGUAUGAUUGCACAGUAAAGUAAAUUUAUCGUUACAAAAAUUUUAGGAAAAU